AUGGCCGGGGUGCUGCGGGUGCCCGGUUGGGUCCUGGUCGCCCUGCUGCUCUGGGUGGCCAAGGCGGAAGCAGCCACCGGGCGGUGGUGCGAGCGGACGGUGCAGGUGACGGCAGAGGAGGAGGUGACGCCGCGGCGCGAGGACACAGUGCCCUGUGCCAGCCUCUACCACUACAGCCUGGUGGGCUGGCGGAUCGACCGGGACCGCAUGCGCCAAGCCUAUGGUGGGGACCGCGGUGAGCCCCACCGCGACACCCAGCCCGGCUCCGGCACCCCCCUCUGCUACAUCUACAGGCCCCCGGAGACACGGCCGGUGGUGUGGAACCGCACGGUACGCGCUUGCUGCCAGGGCUGGAGCGGACCCCACUGCACUGAAGGCGAAGGCUUGCUGGGGCGCUGCUACGGCACGUGGCAGUGCCAGGACGCCGCCGGCAGCCACAAUCUCUCUGCCAUGAGCCUGGCCGAGUGCUGCCGGCACCCCUGGGGUCACAGCUGGAGGAACGGCUCCGCCGCACCCUGCCUCGCCUGCACCCACCUACCCCUCGACGGAGAGGCAUCCCCCCAGCCGUCGCCUGCCGCGUCCCUGCGAGGAGUGGCUGCCCGGCACCGGGGCCCCUCGGCCAGCUGCCUCACCUGGGCUGGAUCCCGGUACCGCACCUUCGAUGGGAGGCACUUCCACUUCUCCGGCGAGUGCACCUACAGCCUGGCCGCCACUGCUGAUGGCACCUGGGCCAUCUCCAUCACUGCUGGCAAUCCCCGGACGCUGCACAUGACCUUCGGGAUGGACACAGUGGCGGCCCAGGGCCGAAACAUCUUCAUGAAUGGCGUGGCAGUGCCGGAGGGACAGCCGUACCUGCACAACGGGAUCAGCGUCACGUGGCUGGGUGACUGGGUGGCCGUGGCGAGUGGGCUGGGCGUGCGGGUGACCUCGGAUGGGCGCCAGGCGGUCACCGUGACGGUCGAUGCCGAGCAGCGAGGCGGCACGCGGGGGCUCUGUGGCCCCUACAACGAUGACCCUGCCGAUGACUUCCUGCGGCCGGGGGGAGAUGUGGCCCCCUUUGCCGCCAGCUUUGGCAACUCCUGGAAGAUCCCAGAUACCGGCUUGGAGCCCGCCUGCAGGGACGCGGCAGAGCUCGGCCUCGGCUGCGCGGCAGGUGACACGGUGCGGCAAGCGGCUGAGGCCAUCUGCAGGAAGCUGCUGGCUGAGCCCUUCCGCCAGUGCCACGGCGAGGUUGACCCCGGUGGUUUUUAUGCGGCGUGCCUGGAGGUACAGUGCCGGGAGGGGGAUGCUGGGUCCUCACCACCACCGGCCGUCUGUGACACCUUCGCCGCCUACGCGCGGGACUGUGCCCGGCACCAAACCUACGUCGACUGGCGCCAGCCAGGCUUCUGUGAGCGGCAGUGCGGUGCGGGGAAGCGGUUCUCGGACUGCGUCUCCUCCUGCCCCGCCAGCUGCGCGGCCGUGGGCAGCACCGAGGAGGGGCCGUGCCGCGAGGACUGCGCCGGCGGCUGCGAGUGUGCGCCGGGGCUCUACCAGGACGGGGGGCUCUGCGUCUCCCCGAGCGCCUGCCCUUGUCACCACCGCCGCCAGCGCUAUGCCCCAGGCCAGAGCAUCCGUCAGCGCUGCAACCAGUGCACAUGCCAGGGUGGGCACUGGCUCUGCAGCCAGGACCGGUGCCCGGGGGAGUGCGCAGUGCUGGGGGGCCGCCACUACGUCACCUUCGACCGCCGGCGCUUCUCCUUCCUGGGCGCCUGUGCCUACACACUGGUGCAGGACUUCGUGGAGGGGCAGCUGCUGAUCACGGCCGAGCACGAGGCUUGCGAUGGCCGCCGGCCCCUCGGCUGUCUCCGGUCCCUUUCCGUCGGUGCCCGCCAGACCUCUGCCCGCCUCCGCGGCACAGGCGAGGUGACAGUGGACGGGCGGGAGGUGACGCUGCCCUUUGCCGGCACCGAGCUGAGCAUCCACCGGGUGUCCUCCUCCUUCCUGCUGCUCCAGACCUUCGGGGCCCAUGUCCUGUGGGGGCUGGAGACCCCCGCCGCCUACAUCACCCUCCAGCCUGCCUUCGCCGACAAGGUGCGGGGGCUCUGCGGUACCUACAACUGGAACCAGCAGGAUGAGUUCACCACGCCGGCGGGCGACGUGGAGACCAGCAUCACCGCCUUCGCCAACAAGUACCGGGCGUCUGGCGACUGCCCCGUGCUCAGCCCAUUCCCCCUCGAGCCCUGCGGUGCCUUCGCCGGGCGGCGGGAGCUCGCCGAGGCCGCCUGCGCCGUCCUGCACGGCCCUGCCUUCCAGCCCUGCCACCAGGUCGUGGAGCUGGAGCCCUUCCUCCAGCUCUGCCUGCACGAUGCCUGCGCCUGCCGGGGUGGGCAGCGCUGCCUGUGCCCGGUGCUGGCUGCCUACGCUUGGCAGUGCGCCCGGGAGGGAGCUGCACUCUCCUGGAGGAACCAGAGCUUCUGCGGUGUGCCGUGCAGUGGGGGGCAGCUGUACCUGGAGUGUGGCCGUCCCUGCGGCCAGACCUGCGCCGACCUGCGCCUGGACGGGGGCAGCUCCUGCCCCGACCUGGACGGGCUCUGCAUCCCUGGCUGCAACUGCCCUGCUGGGCUGGUGCUGGCUGAGGGCGGGCAGUGCGUCCCGCCGGGUGACUGCCCCUGCCACCACGGCACCCAGCUCUACCCUCCUGGCAGCCAGAUCCACCGGGGCUGCAACGCCUGCAUCUGUGCCGGUGGGUCCUGGCGCUGUGCCGAAGCCCCCUGCCCUGUGGCCGCCCUCUGCCCUGGGGGGCUGGUUCAUGCCCCGGGGUCCUGCCUGCGCCGCUGCGACAGCACCGAGCCCAAUGGCACCUGUGCCGGCAUCGCUGACGGCUGCGUCUGCCCUCCUGGCACUGUAUUCCUGGACGGGCGCUGCGUGUCCCCGGAGGAGUGUCCCUGCCACCACGGCGGGCGGCUGUACCGGCCCAACGACACCAUCAUCUGGGACUGCAACACCUGCGUGUGCCAGCAGCAGCGCUGGCAUUGCGGCCGGGAGGAGUGCGCGGGGACCUGUGUGGCCACAGGGGACCCCCACUACGUCACCUUCGAUGGGCGAGCCUUCUCCUUCCCGGGGGACUGCGAGUACCUGCUGGCGCGCGAGACCACCGGCCUCUUCACCGUCACCGCCGAGAACGUCCCCUGCGGCACCAGUGGUGUCACCUGCACCAAAUCGGUGGUGGUGGUGAUGGGCAACACUGUGGUGCACAUGCUGCGGGGGAGGGACGUGACAGUGAACGGGGUCUCGGUUCGACCCCCCAAAAUCUACAGCGGGACCGGGCUGAUGCUAGAGCGCACCGGCCUUUUCCUCCUCCUCCUCCUCUCCCGCCUGGGGCUGGCGGUGCUCUGGGACGGAGGCACGAGGGUGUACGUCCGUCUGGAGCCGCAGCACCGGGGCCGCGUGGUCGGGCUCUGCGGGAACUUUGAUGGCGACGCCGAGAACGAUUUUGCCAGCCGGCAAGGGGUGCUGGAGCCCACCGCUGACCUUUUCGGCAACUCCUGGCGCCUCAGCCUGCUCUGCCCCGAGGUCAACAGCGCCGACGCUUGGCACCCCUGCACCGAGAGCCCCCACCGGGCAACGUGGGCCCGCAGGCGCUGCAGCAUCCUCCGGCAGCGGCUCUUCGCACCGUGCCACGACGCGGUGCCGUGCCAGCGCUUCUACGACUGGUGCGUCUUCGAUGCCUGCGGCUGCGACUCCGGGGGGGACUGCGAGUGCCUGUGCACGGCCAUCGCCACCUACGCUGAGGAGUGCGGCCGGCGCGGCAUCCACAUCCGAUGGAGGAGCCAGGAGCUGUGCCCCCUGCAGUGCGACGGGGGGCUGGAGUACAACGCCUGCGGCCCCCCCUGCCCCCCCACCUGCCGCAGCCUCAGUCGGGAGCCCCCCGAGCACUGCCAGGGCCUGUCCUGCCUGGAGGGCUGCUUCUGCCCCCCGGGGAGGGUCCUGCACGAUGGUGGCUGCAUCGAGCCCGCCAAGUGCCCAUGUUUCUGGGACGGCUUUGCCUUCCCGGCCGGUGCCACGGUGCAGCAGGGCUGCAAGAACUGCACGUGCACAGCGGGUCGGUGGCAUUGCCCGUCCUCGCCGGAGCCGUGCCCGUCCUCGCCGCAUUGCGCCGAGUGGGAGUUUGCCUGCCGCGCCGAUGGGCGUUGCGUGCCGGGCGCCUGGGUCUGUGACAACGAGGAGGACUGCGGGGAUGGCUCGGAUGAAGUCUGCGCCCCGCGCUGCGCCCCGCACCAGCACCGCUGCGCUGGCGGGCAGUGCCUGGCCUGGGGCGCCCGCUGCGACGGCGUGCCCGACUGCCCCGACGGCUCUGACGAGGACGGCUGCCCCCCCUCCCCCUGCCCCCCCCCCGAGUUUGGCUGCGCCAGCGGCCGCUGCCUCCCCCCGGGACGCGUCUGCGAUGGAGAGCUGGACUGCGGCUUCGCCGACAACUCGGAUGAAGCAGGCUGCAGCCCGAGCUGCGAGGCGGGUGAGUUCCGCUGCGCGGUGGGUCGGUGCGUGCCAUAUCCUCACCGCUGCGACGGCCACGACGACUGCGGUGACUUCAGCGAUGAACGCGGCUGCGUCUGCCCCCCUGGCCGCUUCCAGUGUCCCGAUGCCCGGUGCCUGCCCCCAUCCACCGUCUGCGAUGGCCACCGCGACUGUGCCAAUGGCACCGACGAGGCUUUCUGCCCAGACCGGGUGACCUGCGCCCCCGGGCAGCUGCCCUGCCCCAACGGCUCCUGCAUUGGCGAGGCCACAGUCUGCGACGGCCACCAUGACUGCCGGGAUGGCUGGGACGAGAGCCCGGCGGGGUGUGCGGCGGCACUGGCCGCUGCCGUGCUCACCACCCCUGCCAACGCCUCGGCAGUGCCGGUGUGCGGCCCCUACGCCUUCGCCUGCGGGAGCGGGGAGUGCACGCCGCGGGGCUGGCUCUGCGACGGCGAAGCCGACUGCCGCGACGGCAGCGACGAGCUGGGCUGUGCCGGUGGCUGCGAGCCCGGACACUUCCCCUGCGCCCACGGCACCGACUGCGUCCCCUACGGCCACCUCUGCGAUGGCGUCCCCCACUGCCACGACCGCUCUGAUGAAAGCACCGACCGCUGUGGCUCAACCGCCAUCCCGCCGUGUCCGGGGCACUUUGCCUGCGACGAUGGCCUGUGCCUCAACACAUCGAGGGUCUGCGACGGUGCCACCGACUGUCCCCGGGGCGAGGAUGAGCUGGCUUGUGAAAGCCACGUCCCCACCGGUGGGAGCAACCGGACGGGGGGACCCUGCGCCGAAUACACCUGCGGCGAGGAUGAGUGCGUCACCUUCCAGCAGGUGUGCGACGGGGUGCCGGACUGUGGGGCCGGGGGGGGACCACCCCAGGACGAGCAGGACUGUGGGGUCUGGGGGUCCUGGGGGCCCUGGGGCACCUGUACCCGUUCCUGCGGCCCCGGCUUGCAGCAGCGCACGCGGGGCUGCCAUCAGCACCGACCUGGUGUGCUGCACCGGUGCCGUGGUCAGGCUGUGCAGGAGCAGCAGUGCUUCAGCAUCGCCUGCCCUGUGGAUGGCACCUGGAGCGAGUGGGCGACCUGGUCCAACUGCACGGGGGGCUGCGGUGGGGUGCGGCUGCGGCGGCGGGACUGCCGGCCCCCCCAGAACGGCUGGCGCGGGGGGCCCUGCCACGUCUGCCAGUGCCUGCCCAGCCUGGCCGUCCGCUGUUCGCCCUACUGCUUCCACCGUGCUGCCGGCUGCCCCCAGGGCCAGGUGCUGGUGGAGGGCCACGGGGACUCCUGCUGCUACUGCGCCCCAGCGGAUCCCUGCUACCGCCCGCUGGGCAUCGCCUCCCUGCCGGACAGCAGCUUUGCCGCCUCCUCGGAGCAGGCAGGGACCCCUGCCCAUGCUGCCCGCCUCCACGGCGGUGACCCUGGGCAGGAGCUGCGGGGCUGGGCCCCCCUGGAUGAUGCCUACCCGGUGCUGCUCUCCGAGCCCCCCUUCCUGCAACUGGACCUGCUGGAGCCCACCAACAUCACCGGGGUGGUGGUGCAGGGAGCCGGCUCCUCCGACGCCUUCGUCACCGCUUUCCUGCUGCGGUUCAGCGCUGACGGCACCCGCUGGCACCGCUACCGCGAGCUCUUCCAGGGUAACUGGGAUGCCGGCACACCAGCGGUGCGGCUGCUGGGCCGCAUGGUGCAGGCGCGGCACGUCCGCAUCCUCCCCCAAGACUUCCACAACCGCAUUGUCCUGCGCGCCGAGCUGCUGGGCUGCCCCCCAGUGCCCCCUGCCCGGCUCGGGGCUGUGAUGGUGCCAGUGAUGCCGGUGCCGGUGCCAGUGACGAUGCCAGUGGUGCCAGUGACUAUGCUGGUGACGCCAAGCCAGCACCCCUGCGGCGUGGGGGAGUUCCGGUGUGGGAACGGGGGCUGCGUCCCCGGGGGUCCCCACGGUGCCCUGUGCGAUGGCGUCGAUGACUGCGGGGACCUCUCGGACGAGCUGCCCUGCGGGCUGGCCCCCCCGGUGACCACCCCAGUGCCCGGGCUGUGCCCGCCGUCCCACUUCACCUGCCCGGGCUCUGGCGGCUGCCUCCCAGCAUCCCAGAGGUGCGACGGCAUCUCCGGCUGCCCCGACGGUGCCGAUGAGGCCGGCUGCGAGACCCCCGGCGCUGGCAGCCCCACGAUGCCCAUGGCAGCCGGCGUCCUGGUGCCGACCACCCAGCCGCCAUCGGUGCCCCUGGCCACGGUGUCCCCCGGGACGGGCACCCGGCUGACCCCCGAAGGUGCCAAGCCCACCCCCCCAGCCACCUGCUCCCCCAAGCAGUUCUCCUGCAGCAGCGGGGGCUGCCUGCCCCCUGAGAAACGCUGCAACCUGCACCCCGACUGCCCCGAUGGCUCUGAUGAGCAUGACUGCGUGCCCGGCGGGUGGGCGGCCUGGGGGUCCUGGUCCCCCUGCGAUGCCGAGUGCGGGGGGGGCGUGCGGAGCCGGACACGGAGCUGCAGCGAUCCCCCCCCCAAGAAUGGGGGGCAGCCCUGCCUCGGGGGCACCCUCCAGAGCCAGCCCUGCAACCUGCAGCCCUGUGGGGAGCCCCCAGCCUGCGACCCCCAGAUGGUGUUUGUGGGGGCCGGGGGCUGUGAGGGGAGGCAGGUGCCCCCCUGCCCCCAGACCUGCGGGGACCUCAGCACCAACAGCACCUGCCCGAGCCCCUGCCAGGAGGGUUGCCGGUGCCCGCCGGGGCUGUACCUGCAGGACGGCGGCUGCGUCAAUGCCAGCCAGUGCCGGUGCCACCUGCCCCAGGAGCACCGGCUGCCCGGUGAGGUCUUCCUGCGGGGCUGCCGCCGGUGCGUGUGCCGGGAUGGGAUGGUGACGUGCGAGGAUGUGGCCUGCGCCGUGGACUGCGGCUGGUCUGCCUGGUCACCUUGGACCCGGUGUGAUGGCGGCUGCGGCGCGGGGACGCAGGAGAGGUUCAGGUCACCCUCCAACCCCGCGGCAGCUGCCGGUGGAGCCCCCUGCGCCGGGGAGGCCCGGGAGGUGCGAGAGUGCCACGAGCCCUGCGGCACCGAGCCCGGCACCGGCUGGAGUGCCUGGACGCCCUGGUCCCAGUGCUCCGCUCCCUGUGGCUCCGGCGAGCAGAGGCGGCACCGGGCCUGCACCACCCCGGUGCACGGGGGCCCCGACUGUGCCGGCCCCCACGUCCAGACACGGGACUGCAACACCCAGCCCUGCCAAGCGCGGUGCCCAGGGAACAUGGUCUACCAGACGGUGGAGGAGUGCCAGCGCGGCGGGGGGCCCUGCCCGCGGCUCUGCCUGGACCAGGGCAUGGGCGUGGAAUGUGCCGCGCUCUGCCACAACGGCUGCGCCUGCCCGGCCGGGCUCCUGCUGCAGAACCAGAGCUGCGUGCCGCCUGGCCGCUGCCUCUGCUACCACCACGGCCGCCUCUACCAGCCUGGUGACACUGCCACGCUCGAUGCCUGCAACAACUGGGCUGUGGGUGUCGGGGCUGGCGUCGGCACCGGUGCAGCGCCGGCUAAUGCCCCCGCUGCCGAGGUGCUGUGGGGCACGUGGUCACCGUGGGGCCCCUGCAGCGUUUCCUGCGGCGGCGGUGAACGGCUGCGCCGGCGGCAGUGCCACCAGCCGGCGUGCCCGGGGCUGGGCCUGCAGAGCCAGAUCUGCAACACCCAGGUGUGCCGGGAGGCGGGCUGCCCGGCGGGGCGGCUGUACCGCGAGUGCCAGCGGGACGAGGGCUGCCCCUAUAGCUGCGCCCACCUGGCCGGCCGGGUGGGCUGCUUCUGGGGGGGCUGCCAGGAGGGCUGCCACUGCCCCCCUGGCACCUACCUGCACCACGGCACCUGCCUCUUGGAGUGCCCCUGCGUGCUGACGGCAGAGCUCCUGCGGGAGCUGCAGAACGGCUCUGCCACCCCCCUGGACCCCCCCGGCCCGGGCACCCCUGGGUUCCCCUUCCUCGUGCCGGGCCAGGAGCUGCCCCCGGGCAGCACCAUCCAUACCACCUGCACCAACUGCACCUGCCUGCACGGCCGGCUGCACUGCUCGGAGCCAGGAUGCCGACGGGACGGGGGGUUCGAGCCCUGGGGUCCCUGGAGCCCCUGCUCUCCCAGCUGCGGGGGGCUGGGACUGAUGACCCGCCGGCGGGGCUGCACCAGUCCCCCGCCCGCCAACGGUGGCCGGGACUGUGCCGGCCCCCGCACCGACAGCAAGUACUGCCAGAGCCCUGACUGCCCCGCAACGACCGUCCCCACGCCGGAGCCUGGCCCCACCACCCCAGGCGCUGAAGAAGAGGAGGGCUUCGGCCCCUGGUCCCCCUGGACCCCCUGCUCCAAGACCUGCACCCACCCGGAGGCUCCGGCCACCAAGAGCCGCAGCCGCUCCUGCAGCCGGGCUGGGGGCUGCGGUGGGGAGAGCGUCCAGCAGCGGGCCUGCAACCUGCCCCACUGCGCAGCCACCCCCCCAUGCCCGGGGGAGUCCUGUGCCGGCCAGGAUUGCCGGUGGACGCCGUGGGGACCAUGGGGUGGCUGCUCCCGCAGCUGUGGCGGGGGGCUGCAGCUCCGCCUGCGCGCCUACACCCCCCCCGGGCUGGGGGGCCACUGGUGCCCCGACAUCCUCAGCGCCAACGCCCAGCACCGCUUCUGCAACCUGCAGGCCUGGGAGGGCUGCCCACCCAGCAUGGCGUUGGUGGCCUGUGCGAACCGCUGCCCACAGCACUGCCGAGACCUGCAGGAGGGCCUGGUCUGCGGGCAGGAGGAGCGAUGCCAGCCCGGCUGCCGCUGCCCAAACGGCACCCUGGAGCAGGACGGGGGCUGCGUGCCCCCCAGCCACUGCGAGUGCACAGACGCGGUGGGGCACAGCUGGGUGCCGGGGACCCACCGCCGCGACGGCUGUGAGAGCUGCAGCUGCACCGGGGGCCGCCUGCGCUGCACCCGCCGGGGGUGCCCCCCGACCCCCUGCGGCUGGAGCCGCUGGAGCCGCUGGGCACCCUGCAGCGUCACCUGCGGGGACGGGCGGCAGACCCGCUUCAGGACCCCCACCCCGGACUCAGGAGACGGCGAGUGCGGUGGGGUGGAGGAGCAGAGCCGGGGCUGCACGCCGGCGCCCUGCCCACCCCUCUGCCUGCAGGGUGGCAGCGAGAGGCGCCUGGGGGAGAGCUGGCCGCAGGGCGAGUGCCGGCGAUGCACCUGCACCCCCGAGGGCAUCCAGUGCCAGGACAUCCCCUGUGCCGAUUCGGGGGUCUGCGCGUGGGGUGCCUGGAGCCCCUGUUCCCGCUCCUGCGGCACUGGCUUGGCCACCCGGGAGGCUGCCUGCCCCUGCCCGACCCCUGGCCCUGCCUGCAACCACAGCCACGACCACGGCACACGCCGGGAGGUGGAAGCGUGUUACCUGCGCCCCUGCCCAGCUGCCUGCCCCUGGAGCCCCCGGAGCCCCUGGACCCCCUGCUCCUGCCAGGCUCCGUGGCAGCACCGGCACCGGCACCGGCUGGGCCCCGCGGGCUGCGUGGGGCUGGACGGGCAGAGCCGUGCCUGCAACAUCUCGGGGUGCUCGGGGCUGCUGCCGCUGAGCCCCUGGUCGGAGUGGACGCCCUGCGGCCCCUGCCUGCCCCUGCCCACGCUCGGCCCCGGCACCCCCCUGGCUGCGGUGCAGCAUCGCUACCGAACCUGCCUGGACCCCCAGACCGGGCUGCCCUGGGUUGGCAGCAGGGCCGCCUGCUCGGCCGAGCUACGGCAGGAGAGGCUCUGCCCAGACCCCCAAGUCUGCCAAGACCUGUGCCUCUGGAGCCCCUGGGGUCCCUGGGGGCCCUGCCAGGACCCCUGCAGCGGGGGUUACCGCCUGCGCCAGCGCCAGCCGCAGCACCCGGCCGCUGGCCAGCACUGCCACAGCGCCCACUCUCAGACAGAGAGCUGCAACACUGCCGUCUGCCCAGGGGAGGCGUGCGAGGAGCGUGGACGAACCUUCACCGCGUCCUGCGCCAACGGCUGCCCCCGCGCCUGUGCCGACCUCUGGCCCCACGUCGAGUGUCUGCAGGGACCCUGCAAGCCGGGGUGCCAGUGCCCCCCAGGGAAGCUGCUGCAGGACGGGGCAUGCGUGCCCAUCGCCGAAUGCCGCUGCGGGCUGCCCGCUGCCAAUAGCAGCCGGGAGCUCUGGCCAGGGCAGGUGGCCGAGCUGGAAUGCCACAACUGCACUUGUCAGAACGGGACCUUCGCCUGCCCGGCUGCGGCGUGUCCCUCCUACGGGCCCUGGUCCCCGUGGGAGCCCUGCUCCCGCAGCUGCGGUGGUGGCAACACCUCCCGGCACCGCAGCUGCCAGGAGAGCACCAGGGGGGUGCCCUGUGGUGCCACCGGCACAGAGGAGAUGGCCAAAUGCAACAUGCAGCCCUGCCCUGCCGGCUGCCAGCUGAGCCCCUGGUCCCCAUGGAGCCCCUGCAGCGCCAGCUGUGGCGGCGGCACCUCCGAGCGGCACCGUGAGCUGCUGCCGGGGCUGGGGGGCCAGGAGGAGCCGUGCCCCCUCCUGCCGCUGCUGCUGCAGCGCAUCUGCAACGCCCACAACUGCUCGCUGGAGUGCCCUGGCGGGCAAGUGUACGGGGACUGUGCCAACGCCUGCCCCCGCACCUGCGCCCACCUCCGCCCGGGGACGCGGUGCCUGCCGGAGAGCUGCCAGCCCGGCUGCGCCUGCCCGCCCGGCCAGGUGCUGCAGGAUGGCGCCUGUGUCCCCCCCGAGCUGUGCCGCUGCCGGCUGCCCCCCACCUUGCCAGGGGCCCACAACCUCUCGCAGCAGCAGGAGCACGCGCCGGGCAGCCGCAUCCAGCUCCGCUGCAACAGCUGCAUCUGCAUCCGCGGUGCCUUCAACUGCUCCGAGCCGUACCUGCAGAGCCUCUGCGAGUGCUGCAGCUACCGCCUGGACCCCGCCAGCCCCAUCCGCAUCCUGCACCUGCCCUGUCCCGGCGGCCACACCGAGCCCGUGGUGCUGCCCGUCAUCCGCAGCUGCCAGUGCAGCAGCUGCCAGGGUGGGGAUUUCUCCCGGCGCUGA